CUUUCUUGGCGUAAUUAUUUGAAGCAAAAUGAAAUCACGGUUGAGAGCUAUUAGCCGAACCCUCGGAUAACUUUUCAGUCCAGAAAAGGAAACAGAUGUCAACACAUACCUAAAUCAAAACAGUUCCAUAAAAAUGUGAUAAUAAAAUUCCACUAUAUGCAAAGCACACAGCUUGUAAAGCAUGGCUUCCAAUAUAACCAAUCCUCCUUCCACCCUUGGUAAAUAUUGUGUCACACUGACCUCAAGCUUGGUGCUAGCAUCUUUAGUUGCUCUCACAGUUCAAGUCUUCUACUUCUCACCGAUAGAUCCAGUUAUACUAGAAAUUCCUUCUUCUGCAUCUUCACCUUCUUCAACCAAAAACAACCAAUUACAGAAUGUGAUUAAACUCGGAGAAGGAUUUCUGAAACAACCAGAAGAUGUUUGUGUUGAUAAAAAUGGUGUUCUAUAUACAGCUACAAGAGAUGGUUGGAUUAAAAGAAUGGUUAGGAAUGAAAAUUGGGAGAAUUGGAAGCAUAUAGAUAGCUCUUCUUUGCUUGGAAUCACUACAUCUAAAGAUGGUGGUCUCAUUGUGUGUGAUGCUUCCGAGGGUUUACUCAAGGUUACAGAAGAUGGUUUCAGUGUUAUCCUUUCACAAGUGAAUGGUUCUCAAUUAAUGUUUGCCGAUGAUGUAAUAGAAGCAUCAGAUGGAAAUAUAUACUUCAGUGUUGGUAGUAACAAAUUUGGUUUACACGAUUGGUAUUUGGAUUUGCUAGAGGCAAGACCUCAUGGACAACUUUUAAAGUAUAAUCCCACGUUAAAUGAGACAGUUAUUGUCAUUGAUAAUUUGACAUUUGCAAAUGGUGUUGCACUGUCCAAGGAUGAAGAUUAUGUUGUGGUGUGCGAAACUUGGAAAUUUAGGUGUGUGAGGCAUUGGCUAAAAGGAAUUAACAAUGGCAAAACAGAUAUCUUUAUUGAAAACCUCCCUGGUGGACCUGACAAUAUCAAUCUUGCUCCUGAUGGCUCAUUUUGGAUCGCUUUGGUGCAAUUAACUUCUAAAAGGCUGGGGUUUGUGCACACCUCUAUAGUAUGCAAACACUUGUUAGCUUCAUUUCCAAGGCUAAUUAAUCUGAUCAAUAGUGCAACAAAAUCAGCUAUGGUGCUAAAUGUUGGAACUGAAGGCAAUAUUAUCAGAAAGUUUGGUGAUAAUGAAGGUAAGGUGAUAAGUUUUGUAACUUCAGCUGUGGAGUUUGAGGACCAUCUUUACCUAGGAAGUCUUAAUUCUGACUUUGUUGGAAAAUUGCCACUGCCAAGUGCAGAGUGAUGUUCAGAUCUUACUGAAUAAAGAGUGUGUAUCAUCCUAUGUGUUUUGAUAUGCCGGGUUUAGACAAAGCACAUCUAGUAAAAUACUAUCCAUAUUAUGUAAAUUUGCGUCUUUCAUUGAUCUGAGUAAAAACUAUCCAUAUUAUUUAAA